UUCCAACAUAAAGGGAACCCAAUGCACCAAAUCUGAAAUUGGGAAAUGGGUGCUUUAAAUAUCUGGAACGCCAUUGAAAUCCCACGUGAAGCUCAAGAAAAUGGUAGCUCAGAGUCAGAGAUACCCUCGUCUUCUAUUUCCAUCGACCAUUCUCUUUCUGUUCCUGAAAUAAAACCUCACAUUGUAGAGCUAUUAAAGGAUCUCUUCAAGAAAUGGACCGAAUUGGAUAGUUCACAUUUUUCCAUUGAAACAGUUUCCGGUGGCAUCACCAAUCUCUUGUUGAAAGUGACUGUGGCUGAUGAACAUGAAGAAAUAGUAAAGAUGACAGUUAGAUUGUUUGGUCCCAACACCGAAUAUGUCAUUAAUCGUGAAAGGGAGUUGCUGGUGAGUUGUACCCUUUACAAAGUUUAACCUAUGAAUUUGACCUGAAAAUUUUCUAAACAAACAAACCAUUAGGCCACUGGAUACCUCUCUGCAGCAGGAUUUGGUCCUAAGUUGCUUGGAGU